GAGUAUGCAAGUUAAGUUAUUCAAAAGAAAAAUAUUUUCCCUUUUGUCGUGAUACAUUCUUGAUGCGUGAUGAUUUUCCGAAAAAUCCCUUCUAAAGUACAUUUUAACCGUUUGUUUUAGGCUUGGAACUCUUAGCAAAACUGAAAUUUUCGCUUGACGUAAUUUGUUCGGUGAUGGCACAAUAUUACAUCCGUUAACAUGUAAAACCAUUUUUAAUUGCAAUUGAAUUCUACUUGAUUCCUAUGAAACUAUAAAAUGUUUUUCCUCUGUGUUGGGAUGUCGAUAAGAUCACAGCCUACUAACAGAUUGCAUAAGCCUUUGAAUCCGGUCUUUCUCUGAACAAACGCACCGCCUACUCAUUUCCUGGAAAUAAUGAAGCUUCACAUCAAUUUACAGACACGUUUGCCUGUUUCGAAAAGAAGCCCAUAAGACAGAUGAUGAUUAGAUGGCAUAACAAGCUCAGAACUUUGUUUAUAGAUUUGAAUAUUCUUAUAGAGUAAAGCGUUUGGCGUGCUAAAGCUGACGCCGUAUGCCGUAUCGAAUGAGCAUAUUGAUUAGAAACAAAACCAACGCAUCACAAUCUUAUCUUUUGCUACAUUUGACAUCAAAAUUUGCAUUUUCUCUUCGCGGAACUCAGUUUCGGGUAAGCCACUCGAGCCAAUAUGCUUCUCUAAGGCACUGGAACAGAUCAUAAUGUGUAUUCAAAUUGGUAUACUGUUUAUGCUGGCAGUCAUCGUGGCGCUAGUUUGCUCCGACUGUUCAGUUGGAUUGGGAAUUCGACAACCCGUUGAGUUUGAAAUGUACGUACUGCAUGCUAAACAAGGACCCGUCGAUGAGCCAGUGAUUAUGACAUUGAUGUUCAGUUACCAGGUCAGUCCAGUGGUGAACGAAGAAUUGACCUAUUCCUAUUUCAUAGGGUCACUGUCGAACUGCACCUUCGAAAUUAGCAAUGAAUUGAAAUCGAAGAAGGCGUUCCAAAUCAGCAUGUCCAGCGUAGUGCCCGUGACGGAGAUGUAUGGAAACGUGACAAUCUUUGGCAUUCGUUGGAUGAAUAGUGAAUAGCAGAGCAAAGCAACAAUUUGAUACAUUAUUAAAUCUACAUUUGUAAUUUUGUAAUAUACAUACUCAGCUGUUUCGAUUGAAUGUAAUAUGAAUCGAUGAUGGAAAUGACAUUCAUUCAUUUAUCAUUGUCAGACAGCAACAAGGCGAAAAAAUACGAAACCAUUAUCCAUUCUAUCGGUUAUUGAAUUAUCCUCUAUUUUGGCCGUUUACACUGAAUCGCUAGAGCUAGUGGUCGUUAGUAGUACGACAAUAGGAUAAAUUUGGAACAGUGAGUUGCAUAUCCUCACGGUUCCCAGGCUCGGUUGUUCUAUUCAACACAUUGGCCACCGAUGGCGGUGUAUCCCGAUGACAUACAACUGACAAUGAUUGAGUCUCGACGACAAUCAGCUUCUGAGCUAAUUUAUUAUUCAUUAGGAUAGAUCGAACUUUUAUUCGCGUUAGAAAAUUGAGGUCAAUCAAUUGACAAAAAAAAUCACUUGAUGCAAAAUGCAAUGCACUUUUGUUAUAAGCCGAAGCAAAAUUUUCGAUAGCCAAUUAAUUGAAUUAUAACUAUGUAAAUAACUCAAAAACUUUCAUCCGUGAUGUAGCCAACAUUAUUCAAUUGGUUCUUCGCAUUUGAGGAAAAUGUCACCAACAUUUUCAAGCAACGAGGCAGUUUGAAUGGUCGGACCUUUUUUGGACCAACAAAUCAAUCCCAAAAAAAUUACUGCGAUAGUUUCUUUCAUUGAAGUAAGAAAAUCACCA